AAUGUAACAUGCGCCUACCUCUGUCAGCCACAUUGUCGAUAGUCGCAUUGUUUAGGCGGCCUCGUUUGUAUCGUAAAGGAAAUACGUGUUCGUUAUUCUUAUGUGGAUAAAUGAUAAAUAAUAUUAAUAAAAAAGAUUCGGACGUCAAAGUUGGUUGAUAACGCUUUUACAAUGGCUGGCAUUAUGCCGUUGUCAGGAAGACCCGGUAGAAAACAAUGGACGUUACACGGUGGUAAUUACUGUUCCAAAAAAGUAAUGGAACACGCGGUUCUCUUAGACGAUUACGAUCUCAAAUGGCAGAGGAUGGAUGUCCAGAAUCUCAAGUAGUUUUAGCCAAACAACUUUUGGAAGAAAGAUGUGAUUUGGAAGUUGAUAAAGAAGAAAAUGCAAAAUUGGGCGUUUAUUGGUUAACUAAAGCCUCGGAACAAGGAAAUUUAGAGGCAACGGAAAUUCUUAAACAAUGUUUAGCUACAGGUCGUGGGAUUACAGAACAUAAUUACUACGAUGUUAAAAAUUGUUUGGAUAUGACACAAGAUGAAAAACUAGCUAAAAAAGCUGCAAGGGAAAUGUUUACUAGUUUAUCAAACGGUGAGGAUUUUAUAACAACGGAACAACUACAAAGAUGUAUGAGGGAUGUAACAUCUCCAUCUAGUAGUAGAUUCAGUAAUUGUCAGUCACCUAAGUCAUCAUCCAGUGCUUCAGACGAGAAGCUAAAUGAUGUUUUAAGUAAUAAGUUUAGUCGAAAUGGGCUUCCUGAAGAUAAUACAUCCAUAAAAGAGGAAAGUAAAAUACACAACGUAACUUAUGACUGGAUGGGUCAUCAAAGCGAAAAAAUAACUGAAGCAGCUUUAGUAUCUGCAGCUACAAGCUAUGCUCAUGGAAUGCUCCCAAUGGUUUCUCGUACAUUGUGUAUGGUAGACUCACCUGAAAUGGAAUUAGCUGCUAUUCCUCUUUUACAAAGACCGUUCAUUCAUCCGUUAGCAUCCUUAAAGUGUUUCUAUAUUUGGUUAAUAGAGAUAAUAGGCCAUAAGAGUAGACCGAUUAUAAAAGUCCUUUUCACAUCAAACAUACAUAUACUUUUGUUACUUUUGUUGUAUUCCUUGUUUGGAACAGAAAGUUUAAUACUUUUCAUUCCAAUGGCGCUCUAUUAUCUGUCUUUUAUUGUAAUGGUUAUUUCUACCUUCCAGAUGUUACACAGAAAGCGUAAAUUGAAUAAUUUCCGUGUAUGGUCACGCCUAUUCCUCAGUUAUUCAGGUGGUAAUCUAAAUCCUGAGGAGGCAGAGUAUCAAUUUUGUUGCAAUAAUUUAAAGCCCUAUGGUCAUUUCUUUCUUGCUUUAUUGCUCAAUCUAAUGAUUUAUCCUGCGAUAGCUCAUCAAUGGACCCCACAAUCUGAGUUCACUAUUAUUUCUGUUACGUUGACAUUAGUGACAUUACUCAAUUUUAUGUGGAAUAAUUCAUCGAAUUUUCCUGAUCUUUUAGCUCUCUUUAGUUUUGGCGUGCAUGUACUCGCAAAAUAUCCUUAUGAAACGGAUAUUGUUGUUGCGCAAGGUUGGAGAUUCCUCGAUAUACGAGUACCUACGUUUGCUUCCUAUGUUGUUGGUAAUGGCAUUGAAUUCUGCCUCAAUUUUCGUGUUGUUUUCUAUUUGUUGAUACCAGCGGUUUUUUGUAAAAUGGCUGCUAGAGAAAAUUGGCGUGGCACAUACAAAACUUUAAUUCCUCAUUGCGUCACCCUAAGCUGGUGGCAGAUAGCAAUAUUUAGUUCGCAAAGUGCGACAUGGUAUGGUUUAAUUAGGGGUGCUCUCGCAUUAGUCGGUAUGGUACUUUUUCUGCCAAUUGCUGGUUUAGCUUCUAUUAUUUUGCCAAUUAUAGCAGCUGCAAAGUAUUUAUCAGAAAGUGAUUUGGCAAUGAGAAUAAUUGUAACUGCCAUACUUGGAGGAUUACCAUUCGUUGCUUCUUGGUACAUGAGGAGAUUAAGAACUCCAAGAUUUAAUUGGAUCAUCACUGUUGUGCAGCUCGUUUUAGGCACAAGUGCUGCUAUAUUUUUAUCAUGGCAAGUGAUAACAGAAUAUAAAGAAGAUUCUGAUAACAAUUCCUACGAAAUUGCAGCCACAUUAUCGUGGGAGCAAUACCAAAAUCAUUGUCACCAACCUGCAUGGGAAGAUAUAUCAUCGAAGGCGCAAGUACAAAUUGAAUGCGCUCACUUAGAAGGCAUUCCAAUCUCAUGGGAGGGUUACGUAACAAAUGUUCGGUUAAAAUCGAUUAAAAACAAUAUUGGUACAAUAUUACGCAUGCUACCUGACAGUAUUAGAACUACGUUCAGCUGUACAUACGGCGAACCGUAUAAAGAAAAUUGUGAUACGUACGACGAAAUACGUAGAAAGAAUUGUGAACAUUUUGUAAAUAUUCAAAAGAAAAGGCAUAAGUGUCAUUUUCCUGCAUGGGAUCAAUAUGAAUUUGAAAUUUUUGUCAAAAUGAAAAGUGGUAUAUGGAGAAGCAAUGCAGAAAUCGUGCUCAUUGCAGAUCACUCAUUUACCAAUUUUAGUUUAAGUAUAUAUCCACGUGAUAAAAUUUGGUUUUCUGGUACGUUAUCGAACACAGGUUUAGAAAAGGAAUCUUUGCUUGGUGGUGGGGAGCCUCACAUUGAAUUAGAUGAGAUUAGUUGUUUAGCCUGUCAUUCUGCUGACCUCAAGUCUUUUAAACGACACAAAUAUCACAUAACAUUAACUUCAAUAGUGAAUAAUUUCUGGCUUGGCAUAAAGACUGUUCUUAAUUUUUUACUAAAUCCUAUCGUUUUAUUUAAGUAAUUCUAAUGCAUUCGUGACAGGAAAAAUAACUUUUUUUCCUUUCGAAAAAGUACAUGCUUAUACGAAUAUCGUACAAAUGUAUUUAAAAAGUGACAAACACUUUUUCCUUAAUACUUGGUACGAAAAUAACUUCACAAUGGUUAAUCUUUAUCCUAAAUAGAUCAUGAUAGUUGUGUCCCGAAUGGCAGAAAUAAUAUAAUUCAUUAAGCACAUACUUAAGCUGUAUUAUCAUGUUUUAUAUUACCUCAGUCAGUCAUUUUAAAUUCAUAUUUUAUUCUAAAAUAUCUAUUUUAUAAAAUCUGAAUAUGUAUGCGUACAUAUAUAUAUUUUAGGAAUAACAUUUAUCCGUAUGCUUUACUGCCAUUCAAAAUGGAGAAUAUGCUUAAUAUUUUUCUAUUACAUUUUCAGGAUAUGAAGAAAAUGAAAGUUUUGAAUUUAAUUUUGACAGAAAUAUAAAACUUAAUAAACGAUUUCAGUAAUAUUGUAUUGUAUCUUAGAUUAUAGAUACUGAAAUCUAAUUUAAUUAAAAUAAUUAAUAUUUAGGAAAUAUUUUAAUUUUUCCAAAACAUAAUAAUAGCACACAUACAAAAAAUAGUAUAACUAAAUUAACAACUAUUACCUAUUGAUAUGUAAAAUGAUAACAGAUCAUAGAGAAACUAUGUAUCUAGAAUAGACAUCAAACUAAUCGACAUAACGAUAAACUAGGACAACGUAUUAAUACAAUUAUAUAUAUCUAAAUAUUACGAAUACAUGGACAAAAAACCAAACACUGUAUCAAGACAGAAAGGAAAAUUAAUGCUAUAUUGAUAUAAAUGUUCAAAAUCUCAAUGUAAGAUUCGAUAAGUAAUACAGAAACUACCAAGUCCAUAGAAAUAAUAAUACUACCUGAUGUAUCAUAUCAGAUAAUGAGGAUGAUGAAUAACAAAUAACAUA